UCAGUACCAGCGCUACGUAUAGUGCUACAAGAAUUUUGAAUUACGAAUUCGUGUACUGUGCUACUUUGUUGAAUGGAUAUUCUAACGUGUUUUGUGCGUGACUUUUUAAAGAAAAUUUAUUGGAUAAGGACUCAACAAUGCAUGCGCAAACCUCAUCCUGAAGCAUCAUGACUUGUCCAUUUCGUCGUGCCGCAUCUCAACACCAAUUCGCCAACGGCUCAGGAAGCCGGAAUCCUGGGUUCCGAUCACGUCAGUCAUCCGUUCACCUACCAGGGCCUGAAGAAGAUGAUGGAGAUAAUAACACACUCACCUUAAAGAACUUGAGUGAAGCCCUCAAAUUGCUUACAGCGCCUUCAAAUGAAUGUUUGCAUGCAGCGGUGACAGCACUGACGAAGAACCAAGCCGAGCACUACGACAAAUACCACUGCUUGAGGAGAUUGCCAGAUGAAGUGAAAACGUGUCGAAAUUAUGCCUACCUACAGGAAAUAUACGACGCGGUUCGAGCUACAGACAGUGUAUGCACGAAAGACUUUAUAGCGAAACUAGGGGAAUAUUUAAUACUAACAGCAUUUUCUCACAAUUGUCGCUUGGAACGGGCGUUUAAAUGUUUAGGGACUAACUUGACUGAAUUUCUUACUACGUUAGACAGUGUUCACGAUGUACUACAUGAUCAGGAUGAUGUGUUCAAAGAUGAGACAACGGAAACAGAAGCGGCUUUCGUUUGUACAUCGCACGCGGGAAACAUAGAGCUACACCUUACAACGGAGAGUGAACCAGUGGCCUAUAUGCUCGUUGGAAGUCUACGGGCAAUCGCGCGGUUACUGUACGAUACCCAUGCGGAAAUAAGACUGAUGAGCUACACCAACGAUCCUAGGCGAUUUAGAUACGAGAUAAGUGCGGUGCCCUUACAUCAGAAGUCUAAAGAAGAGAACUGUGAGGCACACAGUGAAGCGGUGUCAGUAGCUGCGUCAACUGAUGUUCACGACCUGAAGAUCGGAGUUGCUAGCUUUUGCAAAGCCUUUCCCUGGCAUUUCGUGACUGACAGGCGCUUGGAGCUCGUACAAUUAGGUGCUGGCUUCAUGCGUCUCUUUGGAACACAUCUGACAACACACGGAUCAUCACUCUGCACGUACUUCCGUAUGCUUAGGCCCAAAAGCGUACGACUGGACUUCCACGAGAUCCUCAAACGCGUCAACACCCCUUUUAUGUUCUGUCUGAAGAUACCAGGGAAUUCAUUGGCCGAGGGCCUCGAAUUAAAGGGACAGAUGGUAUUUUGCCCCGAGUCGGAUUCCUUACUUUUCGUCGGCUCACCCUUUCUCGAUGGACUCGAAGGCCUCACUGGCAGGGGUUUAUUUAUAUCCGACAUUCCAUUACAUGACGCCACAAGGGACGUGAUCUUAGUCAGCGAACAGACUAGGGCGCAGGAUGGACUUCGUAAAAGAAUGGAUAAAUUGAAGAACUCAAUUGUAGAACUUAGCAAAUCCGUUGCGAAGGAGAGAGAAAAGAAUGUCAGUCUUCUACACCUUAUAUUUCCACCACACAUCGCGAAGAGACUGUGGCUUGGUGAGGCGAUAGAGGCAAAAAGUCAUGAUGAUGUCACAAUGCUGUUCAGUGAUAUUGUCGGCUUCACCUCAAUAUGCGCUACAGCCACGCCCAUGAUGGUAAUAGAUAUGCUUGAGGACUUAUACAGCGUGUUUGAUAUAUUUUGCGAAGUUCUGGAUGUUUAUAAGGUGGAGACUAUUGGUGAUGCAUAUUGUGUUGCCAGCGGAUUACAUCGGAAAAUAGACACUCAUGCGCCGCAAAUUGCUUGGAUGGCGUUACGUAUGGUGGAAACUUGCGCACAGCACUUUACACAUGAGGGAAACCCUAUUAAGAUGCGCAUAGGCCUCCACACGGGCACAGUACUCGCUGGUGUAGUGGGUAAAACCAUGCUAAAGUACUGCCUCUUCGGGCACAAUGUGACGUUAGCAAACAAAUUCGAGUCCGGCUCCGAACCGUUGAUGAUCAAUGUCAGCCCUACAACUUAUGAGUGGCUAAUCAAGUUCCCGGGUUUCGAGAUGGAACCGCGAGACAGGUCGUGUCUCCCGAAUUCCUUCCCAAAGGACAUUCCCGGCACUUGUCACUUUCUACACAAGUACACGCACCCGGGGACAGAUCCGGACGCGAGCCAGGUUAAACAUAUUGAGGAUGCGCUUAGAGAGUUUGGCAUAGGACAGACCAAGCCAACGGACGUAGAGAGCGAAGAUCCAACAUAGUCAUUACAUUUGAAAAUUUAACAUUACAUUCCAAAGAUGCAAAUAGCUACUUAUGUUGUUUAAACGAAACGCAUACAAGAUUUUAUUAUUAUACUAGCGAAUUCGACAUACGUUGUCCUCUAAACACGUCCUACAUACAGAAAAAUCACUCAAAUGUAAAGCAUUCGCGACUCUCAUAUAUUCAUCAUAAUCUGCCGUUCAGGAGUUUAAUUACGAACACUUGCACAAAAAGUUCGUUCAAAUUGGUCCAGCCGUUUAAGAGGAGUUCAGUGAUACACGUACAGUAGUAUAUACAUAUAAAGAUGAAUAUGGUAGGAGUCACAGAAAUUCUAAAAUCAAUUGACGGUAAUCAAUAAUUAAACAAUAAUCUUAUUAUAACAAUGGCGCACGGAAUCAGCUUAACACUGGUGGAUUUCCCGCAUUAAUAAUAGUUCUUUGAAGUUGCUUUAUAAUAGAUCGCAAAUAGUCACUAUAACCCUGUGAUGAGCUAGGCUUAUUUCACUAAUUAUUUUUUAAACUAGGUUUCUGAGCCUUUCAAUUUAGUAUGAUUUUCUGGAAAUCGAAUUAGAGAUCGCAGCCAACCACCAAGCCACUAUUGGUAAAGCGCAUUCACACACAGCGUCAAGACAUCAAGGGCUUACUUAGGGAUGUCGCUAACAUAAUUUUAUAACUUCAUAAUAUAACUAUCUUAAAUUAUUUUAGGGCAUCGUCUUUGUAUAAAAUAUUAUAAUAAUUGUAGAAAUAGCUUUUGUAGUGUAGUCUAUGUGAAUAAUGUUUAAACUGAUUCAGAAACACUAAAGUUAGAGUAGACAUCACGGAUUGCUUGCAAUAUCAAUACAAUAUGCUUUAAAUAGUAUUUGUGAUAAUCCAUUUAUUAAUUAAUUGACUACAACAUGUACAUAUAUGUAUCUAUUCUGUACGCGUGACAUCGUCAAAAGCUGUGUCGAAUGUUAGUUUAGAGCAAAAGUUUAUCUGUGAGUGUGUGUGAAAUUUUUAAUUCAUGUGAACAUUCUCUACAACUUCGACUCUGUUAAACCGAACGAAUAGCGAUUGAGAUCCCGACUUCAAUGACGUGUCUGCGCAAAGCCAACAUCAGCGCUACGCAUUUUCAUAGAAUUAAUGAAUAUAAAGUAUAGAAUGGCUAUCGCUAUAGGAAGUUACACAGUAACAGCUGAUUCCAAUAAUUAUGACUUCAACAACGAAACUCAGUUUUGAUGUAUUUUUUUGUUAUAGUAUAACUAAAUAUUGGAUUCACAAUAUUUCAGGUUCUAUGUAAGCAGUGUCGCACACUUUCUUGGCCGGUAAGAGCAUGGCUGUCAUGGAUAUUAGUAUUGCCAUUUUAUAAAAAAAUACCAUUAUAAGGGGAAUAAUUUGAAGUCAUGCAGGUUAACUCAAUGAAACGAUGUAUACUAGUAUCUAGAAGGUCUAGGCUUAAAUAAAUGUAAUACAAACUUAUGAACAACAUAUGAUAGGUUUUGUUACCUUUCCUAUUAAUUCCUAUUAAUAUCUUUAAAGAACUGUUCGAUAAAAAACUUUGCCAUUAUAAUUAAUAACGUAAGGAGUAAAAGUUAAAACAUUUACAGUUGAAUUUUUAUUAGAUGUUGGUAGAUGGUAAAAUUAUUUGCUGUUAAAUUUGUCUGACAUUUCAAAAUGGCGAGGGUAGUACCAAUUGCAAGCGCCGGCCAAGACUAGUAUGUGGCACUGUUACGAUCACUUGACAGCUGCUGUUGUUAUAGUUUGACGUCCCAAAUCAUCUGUCUACUCUCGACACACUGUAUUCUUAAACUAUUUUGCUUAACCUCGUUUAUAGAUAAUUGUUAAAACUUUGUGUGCUUAGGGCGAUAAAACUCUUAAACUUUAGUAGUUAAUUAGUGACCUAUAUAAAGCUUUAUAUAUUACAUAAGAUGUACAUACAAAAAUCCGGGAUAAUUACGACUUAUAUAGAUAAAGAGGUUACAUAUUUUGUAUAUAUAGUAUAUGUAUCGGUAUUAGAGAAAGAGUCAUUCUAAAAUCACUAUUUUACUAAGUAUCUCAUAUCGUUAAUCAAUGUAUACAUUUUGAAAGAUAUAUGAAGGAAAUCAUCGCUUUCACAAUGCGCUUCGCAUCCAGUAUUUAAGCUUUUAGCAAAUCAUAUUAUUGGACCUGCGACACGAUAAUUGUAAAAACCUAUUUUCGACAAUCAAUACUUAAACUAUCUGCAAACAUAGAAAUUUUCGCGGGCCCAUUGGACUAGCUACAUAUUUAAAUAAAUAUUUAGUUUAAAAUUUAAGAGGAAUUUGUCCCAUUAGCUCCUAGCCCUUUUAGUGCCAAACAAGCAGGAGUUUUUAUACUAUGAUAAUAAAAUACACAGAAAUUAAAUACUACAUAUUUACUGUCAAAACGAGCGCUAUCGCAACGCUAGCAUUUUUCAAAACUAUCGAAAGCAGCGCGUCGGCGCUCCAUGGCAAGGGCUAGGCUAGGGACACUCACAUUUUGUCUGUUACAUUGAUAGUUUGUGGUUCCCAAAACAGUAUUAGGAAUCGAACCCAGGCUAGGCUAUGCGCCACGUGGGUAGGCAGCCGUAAAUGUAAGUUAUUAUAGUAAAAAUACGAUUCCUUUAUUUUGUAAUGUUAAGCGUAAUUGGUCAUAUAUAUAAACCAUUCACCUUAUUGUAACGAAUUCUUAGUAUAGCCCGAAGGCUUUCACUGUAAAUGUUCUAACAUAAAUUGUUAAGAAAAAGCGUAUGUUCUAAAUAGGUAAUGUUCUAUGAUAAUAAAGAUUAUUAUAAAAAAAAACAACAGAUAUAUUUUAUGCUGUGAUAUCACAUUUAUUUAUCGUAAAAAUACCAAUGGGAAUAUAAAACAAAAGAUGGCGAUGGCGUUUCGUUUAAUUGUGAUUGGUAAACUACAUCUGCAGGCCAUUUUCCACAUCGAUGUCUGUUGUUCCACAAAUGGGCGUUACUUAAGCCAUAUUCGCCGGCAACGCACUCGCGAGCUCUCUGGAAUUGACUGUCCAUGGAUGGUGAUAUUAUUUAAGGUGAGCCUCUAGUUCAUGUGUCCCUGGUCUAUAUGAAAGCAAUUACAUACACGCUACAAGAUUCGUGUUGCCUUAUCACAAAUAGUCGAAAUGUACCAUCUCCACUGUUAUUGACCAUUCUUCUAUUUUAAGUUAAUUUACCCCAUUAAUUGCUGUCCGAUUGUAAAAUUAUUCUCUCAAAUCAAUAUUUAGGAUCAAAGUAAAUUAGAUAAAACUCUCUAUUUACUGUUGUGUUCUAAGCCUUCUCUUUAACCCGAUAUAAAGUUAUCACAUAUUAUCACAUUACAGAGCAAGGAUGAUCCAACUUUACUUUUUGUGUGUAUUUUUCAUAAAUGACAAAAUAAUUCAAAAUAAUAUUUAGUAAUAAGAUUUAUCAUAUAUUUCAGAUAAUUUCACAGUUAUAUGUAAAAAUCAUUGGAAUUAGAAUUAUGUAGACAUUAUUAAACGUUGAAACAAUGAAAAUUUUAAAAUUCGUGCUUCACUGUACCUCAUGUAAAUACGGCUAUGUAGUCAAAACUUAGGUUAAUAUAAAAAGCACCAUGUGUAGCAAUAAUGCUUAUUGAAUCACAUUUAUGUAUUUAUUUUGUAAACACACAUCGUAAAUAACUUUGAUAGCAUCGUAAUUUGGCAAGAUUUUUAUUGAGGAAACUUUAUACAAUUAUUUAGUUGUUAAACCUAAAAUCCACUUUAAAAAACUGCGGAUCUCUUGCCAAUAUUAUUACUGAAAAUAUUCUUUAUUUUUUUUUACUUUAAAUAAAGAUAAUGCGAAAGCAAUGGUAGGUCCGUGGCCUGCCCAUACUCUUUAUAUCUCUUUAGAUUUAAACUACAAAUCUAAAGCAAGCUUAUGUAAAGGAGUUUAGAAUUCCUUCAUCGAAUGACUUAUUUCCAUGCAUUUGUACCAUAUAAUGAAAUUUGUAUGAAAUUAUUCACUUAGAGAAUGUAGACUUCAAAAGUGUAUAAUAUGAAGCAUUUAAUUAGAUUUAAGCACAGCCUUCUUCGAUGUAAUUUCCGUUUCCUAUAACCAACUGUGCGGUUAACCAACAGUUACAUAUAUAUAAUAUUAGAUACUAUCACGCUAUCUUUCUAUGUACUAGGUCUUGCUAUAAGAAACUAAAACUGUGAAUGCACUG